AGCAGGCUCAUAGCUGAGGAGCCUGACGUGGGGCUCGAUCCCAUAACGCCGGGAUCACGCCCUGAGCUGAAGGCAGACGCUCAACCGCUGUGCCACCCAGGCGCCCCUAGAAAGUUUUUAAAUGGCAGCCCAGUGACCCAGGCUGACCUAACAGACUUAUUUUGUUGAGCCAACAGUAUUUCAGUGCUUGAAGUAACAUUUUUUAAUUGAGAGAUUUCACGUAAAAAUGCAGAUUUGGGAGGCUCUCUUGGGAAAGGAGAUGUGACCAUAGUGGGCCUGCCUUUCCUGCACAGCAGUUAGUGCCUGAAACUGCGACAGCUGCCUGCUCUCGAUGCACCAAGCUCCAUCCAGGCCACCAAGUGCAGAUGUGGGCACCUGUAGCCAGAAGGACAGGCCCCAGACCUGGCUGGCUCCCGAAGGAAUCUGUGACCUCAAAUGCUUGAACAGCCCCCCUGGGGGCGAUGUUUAGCCCAUCAUUUAUUCUUCUAACUUUUAGCAGCUUGCUGAGGUAAGAAUUCUUUCCUUGUGUCCCAUGAACCCAGAGCAUCUCAGCAGGGAUUCAAACCCAGACCUGCCUGCCUGGAAGCCUGGGCUUUUGUUCUUGGCCAACCUGUCUCACUGCCACUAGCUCCCACCCACUCGUUCAAAAGCACUCAUCCAAAACAGCUCUCCCUUUGCCUGAGGGACACUGUGACUUCCUUGUUGUGUCACCCGCUCAGCCACAAUUGGGCUGAGAGCAGAGUGUGGCCCGGCCCACUGGGUCCCCAGGGCAGCCCUGUCAGCCCAGCCCAGGCAGGCCUGGCUUAGCCACACACGCACCAUGAAGUACCCUCUGGUGCCGCUGGUGACCGACCUCACGUUUUCCUUCCUGGUGUCCUGGCUCUGCCUGCCCGUGAGCUUGCUGUUGGUCCUGUUGAUCAUCUGGCUCCACUUCUUACUGAGCCAAGACUCAGCCUUCCAUGCUUUUCCAGCCUGGCUUUCCUGGAGUCCGCAGAGCCGUGGAGGCAACCGAGCUGGAUGGGAGAGACUCACCGAUGAGGGAAGACGACUCUGGCCAGUGAGAUGCUUCCCGACUCCUCUCCUCCACCAGUGGACUCAGGAAAGCCUCCAGAGGACCCAGCUCCUUUCCCACUAUAGACGACCUCCCAGGGCCCCUGGGGAGGAGCCCGAGCCUGUGGAGAUGGGAGAAGCAGGCACGCGGGGAGAAGUUGGCCAACUGAACUCAGAGGAGGUCCUAGCACAGGGCUGGGCCAGAAGGUGUUCCUGAGUUGUCCCACCAUGUGGAAACACCGAGGGUGAACGUUAAGUGCCUGUUUCCCCAGGCCUUUGUCCUGCUGUACACGUAGCCCUAAAAUGCACACACAUACUGUCUUUCUCACACAUUCAACCCUCUCCCCUCACCCCCCACCCGACACACACCUCUUCCUCCACACAUGCCUUGUUCUAGCUGAUGAGAUUUUGGCUACCUGUGUUUUCCUGGGAGCUUUCCUGGCAUUGAAUAAAGAGUUUUGGUGACAAAUAUCCC